UCUCCAAAUAAUAACAUUAAAAAUGGCAGCGCCCAUGAAAAGACCAUGUGAGGAAUCGGGGACAGGUAUUUCACCUUCUGGAGAAGAAUGUCUUUUAAAGAAACAAAGCACGGACUGUCAGAUGUUCUUAUCAUGGUGUGAACAGGAAGGGAUCAUUCAGAAUUCUAAGGUAACAGUAAGGCGAUCAGGAUCCUGUGCUCAGUGUGGUAUGAUAGCCCUAGAUGAUAUCAGUAAGGGAGAGACCCUCUUCACAGUUCCCAGGUCAGUCCUACUCCAUCCAGCCACCUGUAGUCCAGUCGUGGCCCAGCGCCUUGAGGAAGAUGAAGAUAGUUUGGAGACAGAGAGUGGAUGGGUGCCCCUCAUCUUAGCUGUGAUGUAUGAACACACCAACCGUAGCUCAAGGUGGCGGCCUUACCUCGAUCUCUUCCCAGACUACAGCGAGCUUGAUCAACCAAUGUUCUGGGACAGUAAUUACAUGCAGCCUGAAUUGAGGGGGACAGGGAUUGCUGAAGCAGUGCAAAGAGAUCUGAGGAACAUUGAUCGGGACUACCAUGAUGUAGCUCUGCCGUUCAUCAAGAAAAAUGCAGAUUUAUUCAGUGAGGAGAAACAUAAUCUCGAUCUCUACAAGCGCACAGUAUCAUUCAUCAUGGCCUACAGCUUCACCGAAUCGCCCGACUAUGAUGAGGAUGACGAUGACAGUGAUGACGAUGAUGAAGAAACUCAUCCACCCAUGAUGGUUCCCCUGGCUGAUGCCCUGAAUCACAUCGCUAAGAACAACGCCCAACUCAAGUUUGGUAAGGAGAGUCUGAGGAUGGUGGCUACAGAAGACAUCAAGAAGGGAAGUGAAGUUUUCAACACCUAUGGAGAAAUAGCAAAUUGGCAGCUUCUUCACAUGUAUGGCUUUGCUGAGGAGUACCCGGAGAACAUCUAUGAUACAGUGGAUAUUCCACACAGAUAUCUUCUAGAAGAAGCACGGACACACGAAGCAUUCAGUGCUACUAUGGACGAGAGAUGGAAGUUCUUGAAAGAGUUAGAGGCAGUGUCAGACGAUGGAGGGUUUGUGAUUGGCAUGGAUGGAGUUUUGGCAGAGGAUGAAGUAUUUAUGGCACUCAAGGUUAUCACCCUUGAUAAGGAGACCUAUGAUAAUCUUGGACCAGACGACUGUCCCAGCCCUGAGGAGGAAUCCUUCACAAAUGGUGAACUUUGCAACUUGCCCGAGUCGUGGAGGGGAUUAUUAGCAGGUGCAGCAAACCGAACCUUGAAAAACUUCAACGAUCUUCACCCGAAGGAUACUGACGCAGAAUCAUCAGUACCAGAGGAACUAGCCAAACUGAGUCACAGGGCACGUUAUUCUCUUUAUGUUAGGAUGGGGCAGAGAAAGAUCUUGGAAAGAUUGGUUGAUUUCUGUAGGAUCACCUGGUGAAUGAAAAGCCCAUCCUCCAAGAUUAAAGGGUUGGUUCCUAGGUAUCCUGGAAAUCAGGGAAAAUGAGUUAUCUUUUGCCAGUAAAGGAGAAGUCAGGGAUUUUCAAAAUAUUCAAUCUUUUCACAGGAAAUUGCACAGUACUGGUGCUUAGGAUAGAGUUCCUGUUCUUACUAGUGUAUCAUAACGGUUCAUACUCUCUGCAAGAGAGGGACAAGUAAGUUAACACACCUUCUGCUGACAAUAUGGAUGAUAUGCUGUUCCAAAUGUGUAUUCCAUAUAUUUUGCAUUAUGAUAUAAUGUCCCUAUGUACAUUUAUAUAUGUAACCCUGGCUUUACCUCCAGCAACCAUUACCGGCACAGUUCUUUCUUUGAUACUUGAUAAUCUCAGUACGUGUUUUUAAGGUUUUAAGUUCAUUUCUUAGAAAUAAUUUUGUCUUCAAACUUUACAUUUUUAUAAAUUAAUACAUCUACCUCUGUUAAGUUUUAGAAUGUAAAUAAGCUCAGUGUUGAAAAUUCCAGCAGUUAUUUGAAUCUAUGGGUUUCAAAUUUGCAUUUUGAGAGAAAAAGAGAGAGAGCGCCAAAGAAAUCUGUGUUGAAUAAUUUCAUGUACCGUAUGUCGUUUAAAAAAACAACAACACUCGUCUGCACUUGGA